GACCCACUCUUCAGCAAUUCGUGCCAACUGACAUCAUGAAGUCGUCGCUGCUGCUGAUCGGAGUGAUCUGUAGCUUGUUAGCUUUGAGUGCUUCCGCCGAGGAGUGUCCAUUCAGCGGUCGGCGCAACCUCCUCCAAGCUGGAGCUCCUGGUGCAGCCCCGCCGGCACAGCAGGGUGGUGCUCCUGCUCCAGCGGCAGUUGGCCCACGCCCAGUGGGUAAGGAUGUGUACGGCGAGCCGGCGCUGGAUUACGAUUUCUACACCACCAAGUGCCCCACCUUUCUGCAGAUUGUGAAGACGGAGGUUGCCAAAGCUAUCGCCGCUGACUCCCUCACCCCCGCCCAGCUGCUGCGUUUGUUUUUCCACGACUGCUUCGUGAUGGGAUGCGACGCGUCGCUGCUGCUCAAGUCCACCAAGGUGAAUCUGGCGGAGCGGGACCACCCCAACAAUUUCACCGUCGACAAAUUUACCGUCAUCGACGCCAUCAAGGCCGAGCUGGAAAAGGCGUGCCCGGGGAUUGUGUCGUGCGCGGACAUUCUGGGAGCCGCCGCUGCGGAGGCUGUGGAACAGGCGGGAGGACCUCACAUCGAUCUAGCAUUCGGCCGAAGGGAUGGGCUGGACUCUUUUGCGCUUGCUGCGAAGACCAAUCUGCCCGGCAGCACCUUGAAAGUAGUGGGACUGGUCGAGAACUUCGCCAAUGUCGGGCUGAACAAGACCGACAUGGUGGUGCUGUCCGGAGGUCACACGAUCGGUCAAGCCCGCUGCUCCACGUUCGCCGACAGAUUCGCGCCCGGGGUGAAGAACCCUUUCCCCGACACCAAAUUCGGCGAAGCCCUCCAAACCUACUGCACAGACGGCAACACGGCGGGGCUGGACCGCAGAAUGACGCUGGACGCCAACAGCACCACGGUCUUCGACAACGGCUACUUCAGGAGCAUAGUCGCGGGCCGCGGCAUCUUAACAUCCGACCACGUCCUGUUCACCGAUCCGAGCACCAAGCCGCUUGUCACUCUGUUCGCGGCGAACCAGGAUGCGUUCUUCGCCGCUUUCAAGGAGUCCAUGGCGAAGAUGGGCCGCAUCGGGGUGCUGACGGGCACGCAGGGGCAGAUUCGCAAACAGUGCUGGGUGCGCAACCCGGUCGACAUCACGACCACGCCCGACGCGAACAUGGACUUCGCUCCAGUGAGUUCCGAGUUCUGCAAGCCAGCGUCAUGCGACGCCACGUGCGCCAGUCCUACUUCAUAGAAUUCCUGCGAGAGAGUUUGCGUUGCUAGGAACAGGCAGCAGCAAUUCUUAGUGUGUGUUGAUUGCGUCCAGGCAGCUGCGGUGGUAGUGGAUCGCCGCCGCAGCCUCGAACGGGGUCUAGAUCGGGAUCAGGUCGGAUUCCUUCGAAGUCGUGGUCGUCUCGUCAACCGCUUUGUUGGUUCAUUGAUUGGGCUCAGGCUUCAGAUUAUUGAGUUCAGUUCCAUCACCUGUUGAGGUGCAUGAACGAGACAGUGGAACACUUGAGGUUAGUUUGGGUUCUGAUAUUUGUAUCGCCUUUUGAGUUCUGAUUAUUCAACCAAGAUGAAAUUACAACGUUUUAUUGUUGUAUGUAGUUUAUUUAUUUUUAAAAUAAGUGAAACAAUGCAAAAUUGCAGUUGA